CAAAAAUAUUUUUCUCUGGAAAAUUUUUGAUAUUUGAGAAAAAAAAUGACAUGUAUCACGAAAAUUCUAGGUCACUAGCGGACCUUGUUCACGAAGUGUCAAAUGAUUCUUAAUUCUCAUACCGCGCCAAUUUAACGAACUAUUUUAAAAUUAUCCACUUCCCCUCUCACUAACAAUCGAAUUAACCAAUUUAAACUCAAAAAACUGCUGAACUUCGUCAUGGCAAGUCAAACUCAGGGGAUACAGCAGCUUCUGGUGGCCGAAAAGAGGGCUGCCGAGAAGGUCGGUGCUGCCAGAAAACAUACCCCCAAAGAAGAAGAAUCAUUGGGAGAUGAAUCUGGUAAAUUGAAGCGCAUUAAGCAAGCAAGGGAAGAGGCUAAUCACGACAUAAAUGCAUACAGACAAGAAAGAGAACGCCAAUUCCGUGAUUUUGAAGUAAGACACUUGGGUUCGAAAGGGGAUAUCGCUCAGAAAAUUGACAAAGAAACAGAUGGACGUUUGCGUCAAAUGGCAGAUGAUGUUGCCAGUAACAGAACUAAGGUUGUUGAUGAAUUGAUCAAUUUGGUGUGUGAAAUCAAUCCUGAAAUCCAUCGAAACUUCGAAUUGCUCAACUACUACAGUAAAAUAUAGUUUGUGCCUUAUUUGAAAUGUCAAAUAAUAUUUGUUAUCUUU